AUCUCACUGCUUCCUCCUUCCUAUCCCUCUCUAUAUGACAAGCAUGAGCUCCUUCCCAUUCCUUCAACUAAUCAGGCGAAACUAGUCAAGUCUCUCCCACUCCUUCUACACCAUGGCAUCGCAACCCCACCCCUCCCCCUUCCUGAUCUCCCGCCUCCUCCUCCUCCUCGCCCUCGCUGCCACCUCCCAUGCCGGAAGCAUCGCCGUCUACUGGGGCCAGUACACCGACGAGGGCACCCUCGCCGACACCUGCUCCACUGGCCUCUACUCCUACGUCAACAUCGCCUUCCUCAACGACUUCGGCAACAACCAAACCCCUUCCCUCAACCUCGCCGGCCACUGCAACCCCGCUGCCGGUACCUGCACCAGCCUCACCUCCGACAUCCAGUCCUGCCAGUCCAAGGGCGUUAAGGUCCUCCUCUCCCUCGGCGGCGCCACCGGAAGCUACUCCCUCAGCUCCGCCGCGGACGCCCAGAACGUCGCCAGCUACCUCUGGGACAAAUUCCUCGGCGGCAGCUCCUCCUCUCGCCCCCUCGGCACCGCCGUCCUCGACGGCAUCGACUUCGACAUCGAGCAAGGAAGUGCAGACAACUACGACGUUCUCGCGAAGGCUCUGUCGCAGUUCAGCAGCCAGGGGAAGAAGGUCUACCUCUCGGCGGCCCCGCAGUGCCCCUACCCCGACAAGCACCUUAACACGGCGCUGCAGACCGGGCUUUUCGACUACGUCUGGAUUCAGUUUUACAAUAACAAAGGGUGCGAUUACUCGUCGGGGAAUAUCAACAAUUUGAGCAUUUCGUGGAGCCAGUGGACGUCUGGCGUGACGGCGACGAAUAUAUUCUUGGGGGUGCCGGCGUCGACCGCUGCAGCCGGGAGUGGGUAUAUUCCGCCAAACGUGCUCACUUCUCAGGUGCUGCCGGUGGUUAAGACCUCGUCCAAGUAUGGGGGAAUUAUGGUGUGGAACAGGUACUUUGAUGAGAUGAGCAACUACAGCGCCACCGUGAAGAGCAGCGUCUGAAUUUUGCUAUGGUUAUAUAUUUUAGAGGGUCAGAGGCAGAGAAUUAGUUUUGAUGAUGUUUAGUUAAAUAAUGGUCUGCUACUGUAUGUUAACAGACCCCUGCUGUAUGCUUUCUUCCUCAACUUGCAAUAAAAACCGGGUGGCGUCUUUUUUCCUC